CCCGGUAUGAGAUGUGAUGCUUUGGAGGAAAAUAAACGCGUUUUUGAGAGAAAAAACAACAACAUGGAAAUUCAUUUCCUGCCAAGUUUGCUGGUGUUGUCUUUCAUAGCCACCGCUUUCGGCGACGGUGGUGAGCUGACGUUAGUUCAGGAGUUGUCCUCCAAGCCGGCCCAGAAGCUGUCAAGAUACGGUUGGUAUGGCAACAACAGGCUGACCAUGUUCCAUAUCCCGGACGACACCGUCGUCGCCCGCUGGCUGUUCACUGUAACCAGGGGCAGCGGUUUCAACUGUGGAACACACAACGUCAGCAUGUACAUGCGUUGGGGAGCUCCUCCAGUCAUUGACCCAGUAGGACGGCUGUUUCCUAACAACACUGUGACAUCACCAGUCCUCUCGCUCAACCUGCCCAUGACAUCAUCACAAAGCAACACAACCUUUAACCUCUCUAACCCCGCCCCCGGAGACUGGUACCUGGCGGCUCACCUGCCCCGAGACGAUGGACGCAUCGAACACAAGGGAUUCCCGUCCUGCUCUUACCUCUUCCAGCCCCAGCUAUCAGUCAGGAGAGCAGUGGACACACCCAUCCUCCAGGCCACGCCCUAACCCAGUGCGCCUCC